GGAUUCAAAGGAUUUGCUUUCGCUUCUGAAAGAGCCGCUAUUCUUUGAUGAUUGGGUAGCGGCAAACUUCAAAGCCAUAAAUCUUCCUUCUGACUGGCUGGCGGCCCAGCAAAGUCCUUAUCAAAUUCUUGGAGGUGAUCCUGGCGCAGUCAGACAGUCCGCGGAGAUCGCGCUGCGCUGGGGCUGGAGAGUUAUAAGCGGGAAGGGGUGGGACGGGCAAAGGCGAGGAGGCGAUCAGAAGGAGGAGGGGGGAGGAAGGCGAGAAGGAAACUGGGAAGUUUUUCGGCUUCCCCUUGGCGACUCCAUGCCGCAGCAUUGCCCUUUUGGCCUCUCCUCCCUCCGGACGCGAUAGUUAUGGCCGCGGUGGCGGUCCUCCGGAACGAUUCUCUGCAAGCGUUUCUCCAGGAUCGCACCCCGAGCGCUUCCCCGGACUUGGCCAAGCACUCGCCCUUGGCUCUCCUGGCCGCCACCUGUAGCCGGAUCGGGCAGCCGAGCGCGGCGAGCGCCCCCUCGGACUUCCUGCAAGUCUCCUACGAGCCGAGCCUGGGCUCGCCGUCCAGGAUCUUCCACCCGUGGAGCAGCGAGAUGCCGGCCCAUUCUCCGGGCGGCCUACCGCCGCCCAGCCUGGGGCUCACCCCGCAGCCAGCCUUCGGGGGUGGUCACGAGCUGCCGCUGACGCCCCCUCUGGACCCGUCCUACCCCUACGAGUUCUCGCCCGUCAAGAUGCUGCCGCCUUCCAUGGGCGCGUUGCCCUCCAGCUGCCCGCCGCCGGCGUACGUGCCCUAUGCCACCCAAGCGGCCUUGCCGCCCGGCUACUCUAACCUGCUGCCACCGGCGCCCCAGCCCUGCAGGCAACUCUCUCCGGCACCAGAGGACAUCCCUUGGUGGAGCAUCCAGCAGGCGGCGCCCGGGCCGGGCGCCUGCGCGCACCGCUUCGCGGCGGGAAGCCUGCAGCGCGGGCUGGUGUUGGCGCCCUCCGAGCUGGCGCAGUACCAGACGCAGCUGGCCGCACUGCUGCACCCCAAGGCGCCCCUGGCGGCCACGGCUAGGAGGUGCCGCCGCUGCCGCUGCCCCAACUGCCAGGCGGCCGCCGGCAGCGCCCCCGACGCCGCUGAGCCGGGCAAGAAGAAGCAGCACGUGUGCCACAUCCCGGGCUGCGGCAAGGUGUACGGCAAGACGUCGCACCUCAAGGCGCACCUGCGCUGGCACACGGGCGAGCGGCCCUUCGUCUGCAACUGGCUCUUCUGCGGCAAGAGCUUCACGCGCUCCGACGAGCUCCAGCGGCACCUGCGGACUCACACCGGCGAGAAGCGCUUCGGCUGCGCCGAGUGCGGCAAGCGCUUCAUGCGCAGCGACCACCUGGCGAAGCACGUCAAGACGCACCAGAACAAGCGGCUCAAGGCCGGUGUGGCUGCGGCAGCGGGCCUCGGGCACGCCUGCGCCGUCAAAAGGGAGGAGCCGCGGGACAUGUGACCUGCUGCGGCGGUGCCUUGGGCUGGGUGUUUGUACAGGGUCGAGCGGGCCCUGGGAUUAGUUUGCGGGCAGCAGGCACCACCCCCUUGCGCAUCUUGAACCGAGAUUCCUUGGGGGCUAGCUGGCUGGCUUGCAGCAGAUCGGUGCUCCUCUGGAGAAGAGACUGGGGAGGCGAACUCCACGUGUUGGCAGCUCUUUGACCUAGAAAUUUCAGGCGUAAUCCCGUGUGAGGGAGGGGCUCGCACCUCACAGGAUCUGUACUUGAAAACAGUUUGGGGAGCCCCGAACCACCUGGAAAGCUCUCAGGCGAAGAUGCCUGGCACCAUCACGCUUGGGGGUUUGUAGCGUACGUCAGGCUCCCCUUCUCAGAGCAGUCGGGACCGUCGCUUGGCAGAUCCAAGACACAUUUACCUUCAGAACCUCAGCAUCUGGUGAUUUGUUUGGAUUCGGAUCCUCAGAGUUUGGAAAAUCCCAGCCCUAGACCUCUGGGACUAAAAGCUUUACUGAAGCAGAAGAUGAUCCCUGCCAGUGGAGCUUCUGAAGCCUUUCUCCAUGAGUUAUGUGGAUCUGAGUGAGGUGUAUUCAGUGAAGAGUUUUCUCUGGGGCACUUUGGCUCCAGGGUAAAAAUAAUCCCAGUUCCCAUCACAAUCACACACACACCCCGCCAAGGGAGGAGGCCUAUAGUUCCAGGUGCUUUCAGGAAUUGCUUAGCCUAGAGGGCUGACCUCUUUCCUCCCCCCACCCCAAACAUCUGGACAAAGUGGGCUGGAUUAACUCUUUCAAACAAAACAGCAGCAUUAGUUUGGCUAUGGAAGGUCUGGCUCUUGUCUUCAUCUUCUUCAUUAUUAUUAUUUUGCUUGCCUUUAUUCAGGCAAAAAGACUUAACUUUUUGUGUACAGUUUAUUUAACAGCUUUGUUUGAAGAAUAAUAAAAAAAAUCUUUGGCUCCAUAUGGGGGCUACAGCAUGAGAUGUUUCUGUAAAGCAACCCACAACUGCAGCGUGAAAAUAAAUACAUUAACACUGGGGUCAUAUUGGGAAGAUCCCACUGA